UGAAUGGGCGUAAUUCAUAAAUUUAUCGACUGCCGUUUCCAAAAGGCAAAACUCGUUCUUAUCCUCACCGGUGGUGACACCAUAUUCCCCGUCUCUAUUUCUGAUCCCUCUUGUUCCAACCUUUUUAUACGGCUCUCAGAGGUUGCUUUCGGGAGCGGCUCUUUCCGGUAGUAAAACCGCAGUGAGAAAAAGGGAGAGGCGCAGUGGGACAGACGAAGAGCUUCCUUCUUUAUAUAGUGCUCUGUAGCUCCACUUAGCGGACAUUUCCUCCGCUGGGAAUACCACGUUUGCUUGCGAGGGCGGUUUCCCCAUCCCAGAGACGGGUUUUCUCCAGAGCGAACUUUGGUUUUCUCGGCCUACUCCUCUGUCGCUAGGGUUUGGAUCGCUCCCAGCAGCUGUUCUGGUGUUUCAUCUCCUGAUUCCGAGGAAAUAAGGUCCGUGAGUCGCUGGAAUUUUGAGUUUUUGGGGAAUUUGGGGGAAUUGACGCUCGAUUUGGGGGGAAUCUGCUUGGUCUCGAGGCGAUCCAUGGAGCCGACGCGAAGCUCCGGCGACGGAUCUGGGAAUUCCGGCACCUACACGCCGGAAAUCGCGGAAUCCCUUCGGUUCGAGGAGGAGAUCCAGAGCUUGAUGAGGGAAAACACGGUGCACCCCAGCCUCGAGCCCUCGCCGGCUGGCGGCGGCAGCUCCUUCACGGCCCUUCUCGGCCUCCCGGCCAACCAGGCCGUGGAGCUCCUGCACGACUCGGAGUCAGGAGACUCGCCCGCCGCCGCCGCCGCCGCCGCCGCCUCCUCCGGCGGUGGCGACAUGUGGCGAUUCGGGCUAAGGGAUCCCAAAGCCCUGACCCUUCCAUCCGGUUGCUCCCCGACCUUCCCCUCCAACGCCGCCCUCGUGGAGCGGGCAGCAAGGUUCUCCAUCUUCGCCGCCGCCGAGGAGUCGCCGGAUGUGGCCUCCGUCCCGUCCCACUCCGGCGACCACUCCACGAAGCCCAAGGCCGAGCCCCCGGACACCGAAUGCCAGCCGAUCUGCCCAAUCCCCGUUGAGCGGCAGCAGCGGCCGGCGAAGAGGAAAGAGGCGGAGAGGGGCAACAAGGUAAAAGGGCCCGCGAAGAAGAGCAGGGCAGCGGAGGAAGGGAGCGCGAAGGUCGCGGAGGAGAGUACCGGCGGUGAUAAGCUUCCCUACGUGCACGUCCGAGCUCGUCGAGGUCAAGCUACGGAUAGUCACAGCCUCGCGGAGAGAGCGCGAAGGGAAAAGAUAAAUGCACGGAUGAAGCUCCUCCAAGAACUGGUCCCCGGCUGCAGCAAGAUAUCGGGUACGGCACUAGUGCUGGAUGAAAUCAUCAACCAUGUACAGUCCCUCCAACGGCAGGUCGAGUUGUUGUCGAUGAGGCUUGCAGCGGUGAACCCCAGGAUCGACUUUAGCGGCCUCGACAACUUCUUAUCGGCGGAGUAUUGCUGCACUCCAACCAGUUAAAGACGGAACUCUGAAGUCGUGGUGGUGGUUGCCGCCAUGUUACCAGUAUGCUCAUCUGAUGUACAUAGCGAAGAUACUACUGUUAGGUUGAGUAGAGUUGAAGACAAGGGAGCUACCUCCACAUUCUUCAGUUACCAGCUCUUUGCUCAUUAAUUGCACAAUAUGAUAAAACUCUAAUUUUACUAUAUUAUAUCCUUGUUAGUCUUAUUUUUAUGUCUCAAAUGAACAGCAGAUACACAUGCACCCACAAGGCUGCAAUUUAAACACAAUUCUGACUCUCAAAAGAACACAAAACAAAGCGUCAUGAUCUUCAACAGAAGAAGUGCGCUUUCGCCAUAAAGAUAUAAUAGAAUAAAGUAAUUACUGGAUGGUCUAGAUCAGGAAACCAGCAUCAUGAGUUGCUGAUUCUAAAUUUCCAGUGGUUUAGAAAAUGCGGAUCAUAUAUAUACUUUUGUUCUUCAUAAAUUCAUAUAAACUAUGGCAUCUGAGAUGAUAUCAUACUAUUAUUAGUUAUUACGUUGUUCAUGGUGCUAUCGUAGAAAAUAUUUUAUUCGAAGAUGGAGAAAAUAUAAAUAUAUUAUGUGUUUUUAAUCUAAUUCAAACCGAAAAGACUUAUUUAAUAGACACUGUCGAUUGCUUCUGGUCCUAAAAUUUUGGGGUUAUUUUUUUCAAUAAACAUUGGUUAUCAAGAAGAAGAGAAAUUUUUCUGAGAACGAUCUCUUCAGAUAGCUUUAUGUCUGGUAGUUUCAGUUUAUCCUCGACAAUCUGUGUCGGUAAUAGUUAUUUAACUAUUUAUUGUCUCACCAGUUGUAUACCAGUAAUUUGUCAGAAUAAGAUAGGAGUGCAAUUGGAUUGAGUGAGCAAGUGAAUGCGUUUGUGUGGUGGAGAAGGCAAAACUAACGAUCAAGCGGCUGGUAGCAAGCUUGGAGUGCGAGGUCAAGGGUCACCACUGUUUCCACUGGUGGUCAACCGAGAUGGGCGUGGGUGGUGCUGGUUUACGGCCUCGGCCAGAUACAGUGAGGGGUGGACCCUGAUGGUGUGGGGUAGCCCACCCUCUUGCUUUGCCAAGGCCAUCGUCUUUGAGCAUGUGGAAUUGUGGAAGUAAUGUCUUGUCAGAGUUUUUGGGUUACUGUUCUUGAUCGGCAUUAUUUACAAGGGAGCUCAGGUUAAGUAGAAAUUGGAACAUGAGUUCUAGCUCUUGGAGAUGUCCAAAGAGAGAGAAAUUACUGGUUAAAACUAUUCUACUGUAUAUAUCUUGGAUGAUCCAAUAAAAAAUCAUCACAUCAUCUAUUGUUGGGAAAA